AUGAGACGAGAAGAAGAAGCAAGCCUAACAUCGCAGUGGGAGCCCUCCUCGGUCGACUUCAUUCACGCGCGGCAGCUCUUCGGCUCGGUGCCGGACUGGCCCUUCUUCAUGCAGCAGGCGUUCCGCACGCUCAGGCCCGGCGGCUGGAUGGAGUCGUUUGAGAUCAGCGUGGCCGUCAGCUGCGACGACGGCUCCGUGCAGCCGGGGUCGGUGCUCGCGCAGUGGGGCAGCUUCUACGCGGCCGUCGGCGAGCGCACCGGCUGCAGCUUCACCAUUGUCGACGACGGCGUGCUGCCGCCGCUGAUGCGCGACGUCGGCUUCGUCAACGUGCACGAGCACCGCAUCAAGUGCCCCCUCACCGGCUGGAUGGAGGACAAGAAGCAGCGCGAGAUCGGCCGCUUCAAUCACGUUGCGGUGGAUGAGGGGCUGGAGGGAUACGCUCUAUAUAUGUUCACGACAGUGCUGGGCUGGUCAGUCGAGGAGGUCCUGCGCGUCGUCACGCUGAUGAAGAAGGCCAUGCGGUCACGCAAGAACCACGGCUACUUCUGGGUCUCGGUCGUCACGGCGCAGAAGCCCGGCGGUCCGUUAUAG